AUGAGCUGUCUGGAUGUUAUGUACCAAGUCUAUGGUCCUCCGCAGCCUUACUUUGCAGCCGCCUACACCCCCUACCACCAGAAACUAGCUUAUUACUCCAAAAUGCAGGAAGCGCAAGAGUGCAACCCCAGCCCCAGCAACAGCAGUGGCAGCGGCAGCUCCUCCUUUUCCAGCCAAACUCCAGCCAGCAUAAAAGAGGAAGAAGGCAGCCCAGAGAAAGAGCGCCCACCAGAGGCAGAGUACAUCAACUCCCGCUGCGUCCUCUUCACCUAUUUCCAGGGAGACAUCAGCUCCGUGGUGGACGAGCACUUCAGCAGGGCCCUGAGCCAGCCGAGCAGCUAUUCCCCAAGCUGUACAAGCAGCAAAGCACCCAGGAGUUCGGGGCCCUGGCGGGACGGCUCCUUCCCGAUGAGCCAGCGCAGCUUCCCCGCCUCCUUCUGGAACAGCGCGUACCAGGCUCCGGUGCCCGCGCCGCUGGGCAGCCCGCUGGCCACCGCGCACUCGGAGCUGCCCUUCGCCGCGGCCGACCCCUUCUCGCCGGCAGCGCUGCACGGCCACCUGCACCAGGGCGCGGCGGAGCCCUGGCACCACGCGCACCCGCACCACGCGCACCCGCACCACCCCUACGCGCUGGGCAGCGCCCUCGGCGCGCAGGCCGCCGCCUACCCGCGGCCCGCCGCCGUGCACGAGGUCUACGCGCCGCACUUCGACCCGCGCUACGGGCCGCUGCUGAUGCCCGCAGCCUCGGGGCGCCCGGCCCGCCUCGCGCCCGCGCCCGCGCCGGCGCCCGGCAGCCCGCCCUGUGAGCUCGCCGCCAAGGGCGAGCCGACCGGCGCAGCGUGGGCCGCGCCGGGGGGACCCUUCGCGAGCCCCGCGGGGGACGUGGCCCAGGGUCUGGGACUCAGCGUGGACUCAGCUCGUCGUUAUUCCCUCUGUGGUGCAUCCCUCCUGAGCUGAUCUGCUGACCCAGGGUUUCCCCUUCCCUUUCCCUUCUGACCAGCCGUGGAGGCUCAA